AUGGAUAGGAGUUGGAUGCGGUAUACUACCCGCUGUUCAAAGCGAUUUCAAGAAGGUGUUAAAGAAUUCAUGAGUAUGGCAGUUAAAUGUGUGGAUGUACGUGGUAUGAUAUUGUGUCCAUGCAAAAAUUGUGCAAAUCGAUGCUAUCGUCCUAUUGACAUGGUGAAGGGUCACUUGUUCAUAUUCGGAUUUAAUCCGACAUACACUCGAUGGAUUUUUCACGGUGAAGAUCAGUUUAGGGUAAAUACUUAUGCAAAUGUGCACACUGAUGCAAGUGAAAUGAUAGAGGAGGUUGAUGCGAUUGAAGAAUUGUAUGGCGAUGUUUGUAUGGGGACUUUUCUAGAUGCUAACAUAGGAGAAUCCUCUACUUCACAAGGUCCCACAACCGGCGCUAAUGAAAAUAUCAACUCCUUUUAUCGAAGGUUGGAAGAUGGGCUUUGUGAACUUUAUCCAGGCUGUAAGAAAUUCACAAAAAUUGCUUUCAUACUAAAGAUGCUUCAUAUAAAGGCGAUCUGCAAUAUAAGUAACAAGGGGUUCGAUAUGAUGAUUGACUUGAUAAAGAAAGCCCUCCCAGAUGGAGAGACAUUGCCAACCUCGUACAAAGAAGCAAUGGGAUUAAGGCGAGGCUUGGGCUUUAAUUACAAAAAUAUACAUGCUUGCAAGAAUGAAUGUGUGCUUUUUUGGAAGGAACAUGCAGAUGCAGUGGAAUGCCCAAAAUGCAAAACUUCUAGAUGGCAUAACGACAAAGGCAGAAAAAAUAAAAUACCUCAGAAAGUCUUACGGUACUUCCCAAUAAAACCACAACUACAACGAUUUUUUAUGAUGAAAGAAAUAGCUGAAGAAAUGCGGUGGCACAAAGAUAAACGAAAAGAUGAUGGCAACACUUUGAGACACCCAGCAGAUUCUAUUGUGUGGAAAGAUUUUGAUAAAAGAUAUCACCGGUUUGCUAGUGAUUCUCGUAAUGUGCGACUUGGUUUAGCAAGUGAUGGUUUCAACCCAUUUGGUAAUAUGAAUACAACAUACAGUAUAUGGCCAGUAAUAUUAACAGUAUACAAUUUACCUCCAUGGAAGUGUAUGAAAUCUCCAAAUUUGUUGUUGUCCCUACUUAUCCCAGGGCCCACGUCACCCGGAAAUAAAAUUGAUGUGUAUUUGCAGCCGUUGGUUGAUGAUUUGAAAGAAUUGUGGAAUGAAGGUGUAAGCACGUACGAUGCAUUGACAAAAGACACAUUUCAAUUACAUGCGGCAUUACUAUGGACUAUAAACGAUUUUCCUGCGUAUGCAAACUUAUCUGGGUGGUCUACCAAGGGAAAGUUUGCAUGUCCAAUCUGUAACAAGGAUACAGAUUUUAGGAGAUUGAAGCAUGGGCAUAAGACGUGUUACAUGGGUAAUCGUCGAUGGCUUCCUCAGGGGCAUGUAUGGCGCAUAAGAAAAGAACUGUUCGACAGUACUGAGGAGCAUAGAUUAGAACCUGAAGAACUAUCUGGAGAUCAACUGCUGCAACAAGUUAUGGAUUUUAUAGGAGUGCAGUUUGGACAAGAAAUUAACUCAGAUAUUCAGUUGAAUUGGAGGAAGAAGAGUACGCUGAUGAAUAUUGAUGGGAAGACCAAGGACACAACCAAUACACGAAAAGACUUGAUGCUUAUGGGUAUACGUAAAGAAUUACACUUACAGAAAAAAGGUGCAACUUAUUUGAUGCCGAUUGCGAAAUACACCUUGACAAGAGAUGAGAGGAAAAGUUUAUGUGAAUGGGUCAAAGUUGUUAAGUUUCCCGAUGGGUAUGCAUCUAACAUUGGUCGGUGUGUGAACAAGGUGCCUGGUAAGAUUUCCGGUAUGAAAAGUCACGAUUAUCAUGUCUUCUUUCAACGCUUACUUCCUAUUGCAAUUCGGAAAUUUUUAACACUAGAAAUACAGACAACUUUGACAGAGUUGAGUAAUUUUUUUAACCAGUUGUGUGCACGAACAUUGAAAGUAGAUGUGUUGAAACAAAUGAAAGAAGACAUUAUUAUGAUUCUAUGCAAGUUGGAAAAGAUAUUUCCGCCAUCAUUUUUUGAUGUUAUGAUCCAUCUAGCAAUUCAUUUACCUCGGGAGGCUGAGCUUGCUGGUCCAGUACAAUUUCGUUGGAUGUAUCCAAUUGAAAGGACACUCGGAAAAUAUAAGAAGUAUGUGAGGAAUAGAGCGCGUCCAGAGGGGUGCAUUGCAGAGGGUUACAUAGCUGAUGAGUGCUCAAACUUUUGCUCCAUGUAUCUUAGGGGGAUUGAGACAAGAUGGAACCGUGAAGAGAAAAAUGUUGACAGUGGGGUGGAAGGAGUAGAACAACGCUUGGAUGUGUUCUCUCAACGAGUUCGGCCAUUUGGAGCAGCAUCAACUAUAAUACUAGAUCGUAAUGAGUUUGCUAAGGCACGAUGGCGUAAUGGAGAGAAUGUCUCAAAACAAUUAUAUCAUCUUGCAUGCGGGCCUGAUCAGCAGACUCGUACUACCCAAAACUGUGGUGUUGCAGUAAAAGGUGAGCAUGACACGUCGACAAUAGAGUACUAUGGUGAGUUGAAGAGAAUUUUGGAGUUGCGUUACCCCGGCCCCAAUAUCGUGUAUUUAUUUGAGUGUGAUUGGUGGAAUAUUGAAAAUUCAUCAGGAAUACGAACAGACCAAGGCUUCACUAGUGUGAAUACGGGUCGUAAAUGGUAUGAGUCUGAUCCUUUCAUCUUAGCAUGCCAAGCUGUGCAAGUGUUUUAUUUGGAUGAUCCUAAACUUGGUGGUAAUUGGAAAGUGGUGCAAAGGAUAAUCAAUCGAAACAUAUACGACAUUCCAAUAGUACAAGAGGGAGAUAAUGAAGAAGAUGACCAAGUUAAUAGUGAUAGUGCAUACCAGGAAGAUGAAUGUGUUGGGGGUAAUGUUGUGCAUGUUGGAGACACAAAUAAUGAAGAAUCAAUAGCAAUUGAUGGAUUAUAUGUGCAACUUGAUGGAUUAGAGUUCAUCAACGAUAACAUGUUGAAUGAGGACCAUGGCACAAACUCGGAUGAUGAAGAGGAGUUAUCUAGCCACGACGAUACAGAUCAUUUUCAAGCAACACUGAUGAUACGAACUCGGACUCUGAUGAUGAUGUGUUGA